CUCCGUAAUCCAUCGCUGCGUCUCUCUCCAGGGGUGUUUUGGAUUCCCCCCCUUUCUUCUCUUUCCACACCUUCCACGCCUUCCAUCACCACCACUUGGCUGGUUCUGCCCGUUUUCCAGUCUUCCCUCCAUCUUUUCUCUCUUCAUCAUUUUCCUUUCUCUCCUCCUCCUUUUUUUCUCCCACUCUCUAUUCUCUCCUCCUUCUUCCUCUUUCCUCUUCUUCUGCUCUUCUCCACCUCUCAUCCUCGCCUCCUCCGCCUCCAUAGAUUUUCGCCACCUUCUUCCGUAAUCUCUCCACCAGGCCCAACUCCACCCCAAGUUCGCCCAACUUGACACGGUCGCGCGACACUCGUCGUCGACGUCCAUUCCUUCCAACCAUCCCUUCUUCCUCUACGGGCCCCUUCUCUCUCACCCGCAACACCUCACCUCUCUACCUGUAAUUUCCGUUUGGUCUCGAACCAACAAAAACACCCAGAAAAAAAAAGAUUUUAUUUUGUGCCUUUUUCACCAACUCCCAAUCAAAACAAACACCCUUACCUCAUCAAACUGUCCGACCGACCGACUACUCGCGCAUGGACCCAGCCGUCUAUCGCCGAUACUAAUCCUCCCUCGUUCGGCCCAUCCCAGCCCAACUCGGUUCGCCUGCCCACCUCGCAUGGCAUGUUUCGCCUGCUACCCUGGCCCUCUCCCAUCGGAGGGAACAAGGUAAUGACGGAGGAAGUCAAGAUGCUGGCUCCGGCUGGCUGCGCUCCGGGCAUGAACAUGAAUGUCAACGUCAACGUCAACGCCCUGUCACAGUCGCUUCCGCCCUUACUCAAGCGCAAACGCACCGAUUCCUCCGCGACCGACGCUCCCGCUGCAACCAAGCCUCGUCCGGAGCCGUCGGUCGUCGCGCCGACCCAGUCCACCUCGACGCCGACCGUCGUGCCUGCUUUGGAACCCCUGGCAGCGCCCGUCGCGACCUCACAGUCAGUCACGACAGCGCGCGAGCCGGCGCCGGCGCCGGCCGCGAGUGUGCGCCCGGAUGUCAAUCGCCUGCGCGAGACCAUCACCGCCCAGCUCAGUCUCGAGGUUCUCCUCAAGCACAACGAGCUGCGUCUGAUCGACCAGGAGAUUGCAAAAUGCCAGGUUGCGCUGGAACAGUUGCGACGCUGUUCUGAGAUCCCUUAUCCGGGGUCUGCGGUCUCUGGUGUGUCGGCCGAUGUGAGUGCUGGCACGGGUGCGUCGGUGCUGCUGCCUGGAAAUGGCCCGGCACCGAUUUCCCCUGCGCCCUGGGGUGUCACGGAAGGCCCAUACUCGCGACACUACGCGCGUUGGCUCCUGCCGGACCCUCGGUUCGACGGUGGCGAGGUCGAGAUGGGAUCGCUGGCGGUUCGCGACGGUGGCUUCAUCGUGCCGGAGGGUCGUUCAACUCGGGGAAAUCCAAUGGACUUCAGCUCGCUGGCGGGCAAGACUCGGCCGUCGCGUGGGACCCCUCAAGCGAAAUUCCAGUCUUUAUCGUCUGGGUAUCCUGUUCCUAAGGAGAAGCCUGGACCGAUGCUUAUCCGGCGCAAGUCGGAUCAGGUCCUGGUGAAGCUAGUCUGUCUCGACUGUCGUCGGGAUAAUUUCUCGAGCACCCAAGGCUUCAUCAAUCACUGCCGUAUUGCGCACAAUCGGAACUUUGCCAGCCAUGACGCUGCUGCGAUGGCUUCGGGUGAACCGGUCGAAGUCGAUGAUGCGGGCGCUAUUGUCGGUGGGACCGCUCCUCGCAGCGAGUCGAGCAGCAGUGUUCAGACCCCCGGCUUUGUGCAUCCGUUGAUUCGCUCUGGUCAACUUCCUACUCCUGCAAAGGAGUCGGCUACGCCUCAGAGACCCUCGUCAGUCAAUUUACCUGUCGCGGUUGCCACUCCGCCUGCUACAGUCCAGUCCAAGCCCGAGCCAGUCAAGGUUACGAGGAAUCCUUCCUUCCUUGCCUCACCCGCUACGCCGCAUCUGUCUGCGCUCAUGCGCGAUCGCGGCCUUGGUUUGAACAUGGACAAGCUCGUGGCAGAGGCUAAGACGUCCGUCGAUCUCAGUGGUCUUUAUGACGACGACUCCGAUGCCGACGAAUCGGGACACCAGUCUACGGCAACCAACCAGUCAUCGUCUCAGCAGGGCGUUCCCGCUGCUCGUCAUCCCAUGCGCACCCCGACAGCGAAAGCUGCUCUUCAGCGGCCGGAGGGUCGUAAGGGUGUCGACAGACAGCCUCAUGACCUGCCAGACUUGACUCCUUCCCGUCCGCCGUACCAGCAAUCGUUCCUCGAUCUCUCCUCGCUUCCCAGUGGGCCUCAUCCCUCGCUGACCGACUCCUCCCGUGAUUGUGACAGCCUCGACCACUCGGUCAACCUGAGUCCUAAUGCGCUGGAGUCUAACCAAGCCCCCAGCCUGGUCAGCGAUGACGAGGACGACUACGAGGCGGCCUCGGACUCUGACAGCCCAAGUUCUUCCGAGGCUGACGAGGAGGAACAGGAGUUCCGCCACAUCGAAGUUGAGGAUGACGAGCGCGCUGGUGCUCCGUCUGCUGCUACCACCGAAGCCAAGCCCGGUCCGUCGUUGACAAACCCUGGUCCCCAGGCUGCCCCAACGCUGUCCAAGCCGAUGAAGCAAAAUCGCUCCAAGAAAAUGUCCAUGGUUCCCACAUUCGGUGACCGUAGACGUGACGAGGAGCAAGUGAGCUUUGUGCACCCUAGCAGCGAGGAAGCCAAGCUGAAGCGCUCGAACGGACAAAAGCCUCCCCAGUCGAACUAGUGCUGCUUUCCUGCGAAACCCGUUUGCAACUCAUGGACCCCAUGAUUCACCACACACUCCCCUCUAUACCAGUGCGCACGGUGCUUAUACCCAAGUACCAUGCCAACUCGGCCUUCUAUUCAUAAAAACCCCAUUUACACCCUACCGAUCUUGAUUUUAAUUUCCCUUUUCGUUCUUGCUUGGCCACCUACACCCCCAUCUUGACGAUGGCUGGUCCGGUCCAAUCAGGCAAAGAACGCACGCGUGAGAAACGGAUGAUGACACCCCCCCUUCCCUGAUUUGACUACCCUGCUUCAACACCUUCAUGACAUCGUCUGUAUUUUGAUAUUGUGUUUCUACCACCACCUCUUCUUCCUCUUCCUCUUCUCCCUUCCUGUCUUGUCUUUUCCCCCCGGGCAGUUUUCCCGCUUCCCUUCUAAUGAAGACCUGUUUUACGGCCGGCAUGGUUCUUUGGUUUCUGGUUUGCUGGGUUGGGCUGUGUUGGGGGUUCUGUACAUAGGCGUACUUUCUCUGUUUUCUGUUUUCUUUUUCUCUGGUUCAUGCACGAGAAUAAAGAUUAAAAAUGUGAUAGCUUGAGAGUAUAGAAUUAUGAGGUUUUGAUUAC